AUGUUUGCUUCACCAAAUUCUCUUUCUUUAUCCUUCCCCUCCAAGGCCACCCCUCCUUCUUUUCAGGCAAGCCGUGGCCGCUGCUGCGUCUCAUGUAAAGCUGCCGCCAGUACUAGAGAGAGAGAUAAUUAUUACAAGUUGCUUUCAGUGAGUGGUGGUUGCAAUGCUAGUCCUGAAGAAAUCAAGAAGGCAUACAGAGCCAUGGCUUUGCGAUAUCAUCCUGAUCUUGUUUGUGAUCCUUCGCUCAAAGAACAAUCAACUAGAAUGUUUGUUCAGCUUAAUGCAGCUUACAAGACUCUCUCUGAUCCUGUUCUUAGAAGACAAUAUGAUGACUCUCUUAUGGGAUUCAAUACAAAACGCUUUCAAGGAGAUUCAGCUGCUGUUUGGCAAAGACAGAUUCUUGAGCUCAAACGUCGCUCCUCUCUACGCAAAGAUCGCUCCGCACCUGCUUCAUGGGCCGCAAGAAUGCAAGCUCACAGCCGUUGUUAG